GGCAGCAACUGCAAAUCGUGAUGGAGAGUCUAGAGAAACAGCUGCUGUGUCCCAUCUGUUUGGAGAUUUUCUCCAAACCGGUGGUGAUCUUACCAUGUCAACACAACCUGUGUCGCAAGUGCGCCAAUGACGUCUUCCAGGCGGCCAAUCCCUACCUGAGUUCCAGAGGGGGCUCGACGGCGCCAUCUGGCGGCCGAUUCCGCUGCCCGUCGUGCCGCCACGAGGUUGUCCUGGAUCGGCACGGUGUCUUCGGGCUCCAGAGGAACCUGCUGGUGGAGAACAUCAUCGACAUGUUCAAACAAGGAAGCGCUAGCAGAAAGGAGACAUCACCACCCGCAAUCGAGGUGGAGCAUCCUGUGUGCGAGCAUCACGACCAGGAGAAGAUCAACAUCUACUGCCUGAGUUGCGGCAUCCCCACCUGUUCCCUCUGCAAGGUGUUUGGCGCCCACAAAGACUGCAGGGUGGCGCCACUUGAUGUGGUCUUUGCCAAACAGAAGGUACCCGCCUCUUACUUUGACGUGUUCCUUUGGAAGCGUGCUCCAAUUUGGAAUUGUCGGAAAGGACCUAUUGAGGUUGUGUGUCGUGGGCAGGCCGAGCUAAGUGAGUGCAUCGCCGCACUGGUGGGCGCCAAUGAGAGGAUCCGGGCUGUCAUGGGGCAACUGGACGACACCCGCCGAGCGCUGGAUGACAACGGACGCCGACAAAAGUCCAAGGUGUGUGAGUCCUUCGACCGCCUCUUUGCCGUCCUGGAGGCACGGAAGGGCGAGCUGGACGCCCGCAUCGGCGCCGAGCAGCAGGAAAAACUGGACUACAUGGCUGGACUGCGCAGGAAGUACAAGCGGCACCUGGAGAACACCGCCGAAUUGCUGGAGAACGCAAUGUCGGCUAAUGAGAGGGCUGAGAUGGCCGCCUUCCUGCAGGACAGCAAGCCCCUGCUGCAAAAGAUGGCGGUGGGAAGCGACACGUCCAACUUGGAAAAAGUUCAGUCGGGAUACGAGAAGAUGGAACACUUUCGAGCCAACUUCCAGCGCCAGAAAAGGGCGCUGAUGGCAGUCUGCUUCCUUCAAACAGGCUGUAGCCGCCCAGCAGACGGUGGCGAUGUCAGGGGUGCCACAGAGGACCGAUUGGUGGAGGAUAACGCUCGGAAAAUGGUUGGAAUGAUGGUGCCACCUUCGGAAGCCCCGCCUCUUGCUAAAGCUCCUCCUCCAUUGCCUCUAGAGGCCACACCCGCUGCCAAAACUCCUCCACCUGAUCUGGCGGCCCCACAGGCGGAGUCCCAGCGUGUCGACGACGCAAGCAAACACGUUUUCUCCUUCAGCUGGCUCAACAACAAAUGACUUCUUCCUCCAUCUUCUCUAUAAUAUAUCAUCACCAUUGUUUGAAAGCGAACCCAAUAAACGGGCGGAGUUUUGCCAAAUGUUUCAAUUUGAUUUGGAGUUGCUUAUCCACAAUCCUUUACGGUAGCACUUUUU